CGUUGCAGCCGGACGUGUCACAGAAUCCCCGAUAUAGUCCGUACCGGCGGUUUAGACUGUCUGUGACGCAGGCUAAAAAUAAGUUGUCGACGAAAUGUAAUACUCAGGGUACUACGGCGCGGUGAAGUUUUCCUGAAGAAUCACCACUCUCCCUCCCCCGCUGCAUCCUGAUUCAGUAGGAACCAGUCUCUCUCUUUUUGAACCGAGUAAGGAACUUUUUAUUCACUUCCAGGAUGAGGAGUUGUUUACGGGUUUUCGGCCACAAGGUGUUUGUUGUUCACAAGUGAAGGUUACUACGCGAAAAUCAAUUUCAAAUGAUUUCAUCUUGUGUAAAGUUUCACGAUCAUUCGUGUAGCUGUCAUACGUGAGUUUGUUUAAAUUAUGUCGUUGAAUUGGGCUUAACUACAAAAUUUAAGCUUACCAAAGGUUGGCCGCACGCAAUCGCGCAAAGAACCUUCGACAAAUUUCUUGGAGUUUAAGGACGAAACAUGUCCAAACAGAUUGGAGUAUCUGUGCCGGAUUCUGAGACGUUAAGCUCUGAAAAGUCCAAACGUUUCACGGUGUAUAAAGUUCUUGUAAAGCUUCCUGAUGGUCGAAGUUAUUUCAUCUUCAGGAGAUACAAUGAAUUUUACAACUUGUAUGAAAAGAUAAAGAAAGUCUUCCCUGAGUUGAAUAUAAAGUUACCAGGAAAACGACGUCUGGGCAACAAUUUUGAUCCUGAGUUCAUAAGAAUGAGAAGGGAAGGACUUAAUGAAUUUACAAGCAAGAUAAUCAGCCAUCCCAAUGCCAUUGAACACCCUGAUGUCCGCCUGUUUUUAUCACUGGAUAAUCCAAGGAAUACCCAAGUUUAUGACGAUACUGAACAGUUUGGAGCUGACGAGGCUGAUUUACUGGCCAAGGACAUUGACAAGAUUGAUCUUGGAGAUUCAUACAAUCAAAAGGCAAAGCCAAGUGACUUCCUGUUUCUCAAGGUCAUUGGUAAAGGAAGCUUUGGAAAGGUUUUCCUUGCUAAAAACAAACAAGAAGAUCAAUUCUAUGCUAUCAAGGUUCUAAACAAAGCUGCAAUAAGAAAAAGAAAUGAGGCAAAGCAUAUUAUGGCAGAGAGGAAUGUUUUAUUGAAGAAUGUUAAGCACCCUUUCUUAGUGGGAUUGCAUUACUCAUUUCAGACAAGAGAUAAACUGUACUUUGUUUUGGAUUACGUCAAUGGAGGAGAGUUAUUCUUUCAUUUACAAAAAGAUAGAUCCUUCCCAGAACCAAGGGCUAGAUUCUAUGCUGCAGAAAUAGCCUCAGCAAUUGGAUAUCUCCAUUCCCUUCAAAUAAUCUACAGAGAUUUAAAGCCUGAAAACAUUCUUCUAGAUCAUAAAGGCCACGUAGUUUUAACAGACUUCGGACUUUGCAAGGAAGGAAUAGAACCUUCUGGAACGACGUCAACAUUCUGUGGAACACCAGAGUACUUGGCACCAGAAGUUCUGCGGAAGCAAGAAUACGACAAAACUGUCGACUGGUGGUGCCUUGGUGCUGUCUUAUAUGAGAUGAUGUAUGGUCUGCCGCCAUUUUAUAGUCGGGAUACAGCAGAAAUGUAUGAGAACAUCCUCCAUAAACCACUUCGUCUCAGAACCAACAUAUCUGCUAGUGCAAGAAAUAUCCUUGAAGGACUUCUUCAGAAAGAUCGCUCAAAAAGACUUGGAGUGGGAGAGAAUGACUACGAAGAGAUCAAGAACCAUCCGUUUUUUCGCAGCAUUGACUGGCAAAUGUUAUAUGAUAAGAAAGUCGAGCCACCGUACAAUCCCAAUGUGACAGGUCAGCUUGACUUAAGACAUUUUGAUCCGGAGUUUGUCCGUGAACCAGUACCAGGAUCUGUUGGUAAAUCUGCUGAUUCAGCGUUUUUAAGUGCCAGUGUGGAUGACCCUGAUGAUGCAUUUGUUGGUUUCACUUAUGUUGCUCCAAUGGAAGAAGUCCUGCACGAAUGACUUGUAACAUAAUGUGUAACUUAUUUCUUGCUUUAAGCUAGAUGCACAGUGUAGAACUAUAGUAUAAAGCGCUCUCUUCGAACACAUCACAACACAGUCUACAGUACGGUCCUGCAACAUUGCACUGUAACAAAAAUAAACGCGAGUUAUCACAGACAGAGAAAACGUUAGUCCAGAUAUGGCCCUCAUGCUGUCACGCAAUGCUACGCCUUGCACUCGCUAAAAAUCAGCGUGACAGAGAGAGAGCCAGAACUGGACCAACAAAACGUUUGCAGCGGUCAAACGCAAACAUGUAAUACUACCCUCUAAAGUUCUUUGAAACUUUGCAGCGAAAUUGUGUAAGAAGACGUCAUAAAAAGAGCGGUUGGAAACCAAACUACCAGCCGAUAAACUAAGCGGGUAACAAUUAGCCAUGAAUAUGUGCUGUAUAUGGCUUAUCUAUUCGGUGACUGUUUCAUCGCCUGAGCUGAAAAUGGAGGAUUUCUGAAAGUUUGUCGGGAAUUGCACGUGCGCAGUGCGUUUGACUGCUGUAAAGGGAAAUUGUCUGUUUUCAAAACUGUGGAAAGUCAUUAUCGUGAUUACUAGGUUCAAAUAAUGGCUCGAGGUAAUCAGAAUGAAGGGCAAUAUGGAAACCAGCUGUGACCACUUUUCGUGCUUGGUUCCGAGUUUGAUUUUGACGAUUGCGUUGUUUUGAUGUGCGGUCAAUGAUGGGCCCCCUUUAGUUUUAGUUCAUUAGGGAACGCAACCUGCAAUUGUAGACUUUAGGUAAAAAUGGUCUUAAAACAUUUCAUUUUUACUCUGCAGUGACACACUUUGCUUGCACCAAUUGGUUAUUAAAUAAAACCAAAAGAGUUUUAAGCUUCAGUAAAGUCUUGUAACUUAUAGUUCAUACGUUUGACAAAAUGGUACGAAUUAAUAAUGUGGCAUUUUGAGAGACAUCUGGAAGUUCACCAAAGUUCAGCGAUAUGAUCGACUGAACACCCUAAUUUAUUACGAUUUAUGAUUAAAUCAUUCAAAUUCAUGAAAUGUUCUUAACUUAUUGAUAAUUUUGCUGUGGUUCCAUGGAUCCAUUAGAGCUAUAGAGUUGGAAAGACCGUUGUAUUUAAGUAUUAGACAUUAUUGGAUUAUAUUAAGUUACAGUCAGUCUUUAUCGGUACGUGACAAGGUGCAAAAACUUGAAAUAAAAUUCUCUUUGUAGAGUUAUUAAAAUUCAAUGUUCGUGUCAA